AUGUCUGAAGGAAAAUCUAUUGGUAUUGAUUUAGGUACUACCUACUCCUGUGUCGGCGUCUGGCAAAACGAUCGUGUUGAAAUCAUUGCAAACGACCAAGGCAACCGUACUACUCCCUCCUAUGUUGCUUUCACUGAUUCCGAGCGUCUCAUCGGUGAUGCUGCCAAGAACCAAGUCGCCAUGAACCCUUACAACACCGUUUUUGAUGCCAAGCGUCUGAUCGGUCGUCGCUUUACUGAUGCUGAAGUGCAAGCUGAUAUGAAGCACUGGCCUUUCAAGGUGAUUGACAAGGAAGGUUUGCCCAUCAUUCAAGUCGAGUACAAGGGCGAGACCAAGACUUUCACUCCUGAGGAAAUCUCUUCCAUGAUCCUUGUCAAGAUGAAGGAAACUGCUGAAGCCUACCUCGGUACUUCUGUCAAGAACGCUGUUAUCACUGUCCCUGCUUACUUUAACGACUCACAACGUCAAGCUACUAAGGAUGCCGGUUUGAUCUCUGGCAUGAAUGUUCAACGUAUUAUCAACGAACCUACUGCUGCUGCUAUUGCCUAUGGCUUGGAUAAGAAGGUCGAAGGUGAGCGUAAUGUGUUGAUUUUCGAUCUGGGUGGUGGUACCUUUGAUGUUUCUCUCUUGACCAUUGAAGAUGGUAUCUUUGAAGUCAAGGCUACUGCUGGUGAUACUCACUUGGGUGGUGAGGAUUUCGAUAACCGUCUCGUCUCUCACUUUAUGCAAGAAUUCAAGCGUAAGUUCAAGAAGGAUAUUGCUGGUAAUGCUCGUGCUGUCCGUCGUCUUCGUACUGCUUGUGAACGUGCUAAGCGUACCUUGUCUUCUGCCGCUCAAACCACCAUUGAAAUUGAUUCUCUCUUUGAGGGUGUUGAUUUCUACACUUCUUUGACUCGUGCUCGUUUCGAGGAAUUGAACCAAGAUCUCUUCCGUAACACUAUGGAGCCUGUUGAGAAGGUCCUCCGCGAUGCCAAGAUUGAUAAGGGCUCUGUCCACGAUAUCGUCCUCGUUGGUGGUUCUACUCGUAUUCCCAAGGUCCAAAAGAUGGUCUCUGACUUCUUCAAUGGCAAGGAACCCAACAAGUCCAUCAACCCUGAUGAAGCUGUUGCCUACGGUGCCGCUGUCCAAGCUGCCAUUCUCUCUGGUGAUACCUCUGAAAAGACUCAAGAUCUCCUUCUCUUGGAUGUUGCUCCUCUUUCUCUCGGUAUUGAGACCGCUGGUGGUGUCAUGACUCCUCUUAUCAAGCGUAACACUACUGUUCCUACCAAGAAGUCUGAGGUCUUCUCUACUUAUGCUGAUAACCAACCUGGUGUCCUCAUUCAAGUUUUUGAAGGUGAACGUGCUCGUACCAAGGAUAACAACAUUCUCGGUAAGUUUGAGCUCUCUGGUAUUCCUCCUGCUCCUCGUGGUGUUCCUCAAAUCGAAGUUACCUUUGAUGUUGAUGCCAACGGUAUUUUGAAUGUCUCUGCUCUCGACAAGACCACUGGUAAAUCCAACAAGAUUACCAUUACCAACGAUAAGGGUCGUCUCUCCAAGGAAGAUAUUGAGCGUAUGGUCAACGAUGCUGAAAAGUACAAGGCUGAAGAUGAAGCUGCUGCUGCUCGUAUCCAAGCUAGAAAUGGCCUCGAAUCCUAUGCCUACAACCUCCGUAAUACUCUUCAAGAUGAAAAUGUCGGUGGCAAGUUACCUGAGGAAGAUAAGGAAAAGAUCAAGAGUGCCUCUGAUGACUGUAUUAAGUGGUUAGACGAAUCUCAAGAAGCUUCCAAGGAGGAAUACGAAUCUCGUCAAAAGGAACUCGAAGAAAUUGUCAACCCCAUCAUGAUGAAGUUCUAUCAGGCUAACGGUGGUGCCCCUGGUGCUGCCCCUGGUGCUGCUCCUGGUGGCUUCCCUGGUGCUGCUCCCGGCGGUGCUCCCGAUGCCUCUGCUGACGGACCCUCUAUCGAAGAAGUCGACUAA